UUUCAGAUAAGGAAUCGAUGCUAUUAACACAGAAUGAUUCUUACAAGUUUUUUGAUUGCUUUUGCUGUUCUUGUUUCUGAAGCAUGUCGGACUGGUUUCUAUGGCUGGAAAUGCAACCAGAUGUGUAGUUUUUUCUGUGGCGGUGAUGGCUCCUGUAGUAAAUAUACAGGAUACUGUACCUUCGACUGCUUGCCAGGACGCACUGGUUUGGAAUGUAGAAGCUUCUGUCCUUUUAACUGUGGUGGAUCCGGAAAUUGUAACAAGUAUACGUCAUCUUGUCUGAAUGGAUGUAAGGCAGGGUACACAGGAUCGUCAUGUAGAUUCUUAUGUUCGUUUAACUGUGGAGGAGAUGGCAGUUGUGAUCAAAAUACGGGUUCUUGUCUUCAAGGGUGCAAAAAUGGAUACUCGGGAUCUACAUGUUAUUGGAAAUACUAAUAAGAGAAAUUUCUCCUUUAACAAAAUUUCAUCAACAAUUUAAAAAAAAUAUAUUAUUUUUACUGUGUUCAAAAAAGCAAUAAAAUAUUUAUGACAGAUGUU